AUGCGAGCUGCAGUCCUUUGGUUUCUCAUAGGCGUGGCUACAGCUGCCAUCAGGCAACCACUGAACUGGCAAACAUCUCCAAGAAUUGAUAUGAUAAGACGUGGAGUAUACGAAGAUUAUCUGAGGAUGAUAAACGCUCUACGAGCGGCAACUCCGGGAAAGUUUCCAAAUAGGGCACUAGACUAUCAUGACUACGAAUACGUCUCAAAUAUCACUAUUGGGACACCACAACAACGUUUUGUAGUAGUUCCCGAUACUGGGUCCGCAGACCUAUGGGUACCUUACGUCAGAUGCGAUUCUACAUGCGAAGGAAAACGCAAAUUCUCUCCCAAAGAUUCAAGUACUUUCGUUAGCAGUAACACAAGAUGGUCCAUCCAUUACGGUUCAGGAGACGCAAAAGGUGUUGUGGGCAAAGAUGUAGUCAGGCUUGGAGGAGAGGAUGAAGCACAGCUUGUAAUCCCCAGCAGCGUAUUCGGCCUUGCCGAUCAUACCUCUCCAGCUUUCAAAACGGUGAUUUUUGAUUGGAAUAGGAACCCAAUGGAUGGCAUUCUUGGACUUGCGUUUCCGAGACUCUCAACAAUUAAGGGAGGUCCCCCUCUAAUUAACGCUAUCAAGCAAGGUCAGUAUGGAUUUUUUACUGCAAUUGCGCCAGGCUUCUUUGAAACAAGAGCUAUCUUACCACAUAAUAAGCCGCAGACUCCCUCUUCCCCUAUCACCAGUAAACAAAUCGAACAUUUGAGGACGCAGGAGGGAGAGUAGCU